CAAUGAACAUAAUACUAUGAUACAAGUGUCAGCUUCGAUUGUAAUAGCAUAUGUGGUAGCCUGCUGUGGUCAUGUUUGGCUGGCUAAGCUUAGUUGGAAGUUAGCUAUCCAGCUAACGUUAGCUAGCCUAAAUUAGCCUCGGCAAUAAUCAUCUAUGAUGUGAUGUGCAGAGAUAUAGCUAAAGAUGUUUUAAAUGAGAAACUGUGAUUUUUGAUAUAACAGUACGUAAAUAACGCAAACCAUCUAGCUAGCAUUCUGCUACAUUUAAUCACGUUAGUUAGUAAGGUCCCAUUGCGAUGUCCUGCUCAAUUAGACAGUAAUAACGGCUAUGCUAAGUUACUUAUCUAACGUAUGCUGUCUUUAUGCUAAAGAGAUCAUUUAGGACAUAAAAUAGCUAGCUAACUUUUCUACAAUCCUUACUAUAUAUAAAAUAUAUAUCUAGCUAGCUAUAUGAUUAUAACUCCAAUGUGACAAUGAAUGUAUCUAGCUAGCUAUAGAUCAUGUCUAGACAUUCUUGUCACAUUGGAGUUAUAAUCAUACCUAACGUUACUACGAUCAUUGUCAAAUUUCCCAUUGAAAGCAGAAUUUCAGCAUUGCUUACCUCCUGCUCAAGUAGCUAACGUUACUAUUUGAACGUCUCGAAGAACAGUGUUGUGGGAUGUUGUAAUAAGUUAGGCUAGUCUUUGUGUAUCUUUAGUACUAAGCUGUGUAGACAGACAGUGGUUGACAGAGUUUGUGAAGCUCGAUUAACUCAGAUGAGUUACAGAUCUUGAGGUUAACUGUCUGUGACUGCUGCUGACAGGCAGGUGUGCUCUCUACACUGCAAUAAGACUGAGCUGGUAAUACAAUCACUGUUAAGUAAUCAUAGGUUGUGCACAGUAGAGUUUGUUUCUCUGCAAAGAACAAUGUUAUUGUGCUUUAGUUUUGUCAUUGCUCUUGUGAUUGAACCUUGAAGAACCAAAGGUAGCUUACAGUUGUGACUGCUACAGUUUGAAGGCAGUCUGUUUGCAAUUAAUGGAAAUGCCAGCCCUUUAUAUAGUUGCAAAUGUAGUGCACCAAUCCUUCCAGCCCCUCUCUUCAGCUCAUCCUCCCUGUUCCAUCGCAUUCCUCUCCUGUGGACUCCUCACAGUGACAGUGUAAAAGCUGGCUUUGUUACUCUGAGUACAGCCACGUUAUUGUUGUCAGAUUGCUUUUACAUCUAAGGGAAGGUGGCCAUUAGCUCCCUGUCUCUCUCCCUGUGUGUGUUUGUCAUUACAGCUGUGGAACAUUCAGAGGGCCUCAUUGUAUGUAUCCCAUUUUUUAGCUGGAGAGCCAUCAUUAUCCCCUCUGUGAACAUUUUGGCAUUUUCCACACUACAGCUAAGUGGCAUGUGUGUAGUGCCAUGUGCAUUCAGUGGGACUGUGAUUCAUGUCCUCACAUGGUACACUGAACCUGAUGCAUGACUUACAUUAUACUGUGUUAAAGAAGAGAAAGGGAAUAGAAUAGCACAGCUUUAUUUCCUUUUAAUUUCUAGUUCUACUCAAGCUUGAAUUCCUUUUCCAUUAUGCCUAACCACUUCUUGUGUAGUCUACCGAAGGAGAGAGAGGAACACACACACACACACAAACACACAGUGAGCUGGAAGCAGCUGUCUGACAACCAUUAGCAUAAUGUUUUUGUGUUUUUGGAGGGGCUGUGAGAAGGCUCAGGGAGCGUACAAAACAAAUGCUGCAACCACAAUUGCCUGGAAGAACGUUAGAACUCAAAAACAAACAAGCAGCGGAGCACCUGUGUCUCUUUGAGUUGUUGCUUAGAGGGGGGCACCUCCAGCACCAAAAACAGGAACUAAAGCUCCAUUCCUAACAGCUGAAUAGGUGAGCUGUACCCAGGGGUUGCCAGUGUACCAGGCCGGCCAGUUUUGGGUGGCAGGAUGCCUGGGGUGGAGAGUGGCUCAGGUGGUCUGGCUGAUGACGAGGUGGUCCUGGAGACCCUGAAGUGUUUCUGCAGCUCAUCAGAACAGACCUACGACCAGUUCCUGUCCUUCUUCACACACCUGACUCCAGGGAGUGCUGGGAGUGGACACACGACUCUGCCCUCCGGACCCAGUCAUCUCUCUAGGGAGAUGGAGAGAUCAGGGGAGUUGAGGAGGAAUGGAGAAGAGGAUGCAGCAGAAGAGAGGAGAGGACAGCAGAGUGUCUGUGUCCUGCCUGCUGAUCAGGAGGAGGUGGAGCUAGGUGCUGGAGUGAUUGUGGGCAGCUGUGGAAAUGGAGACUGUCGUCCACCAGGCAUAACUCUCAAGCUGGAUAACUACCUGGAGGUUGGGGACUUCAGUGAGGAGGAAGAAGAUGUAACUGCUGACCCAGAUGGUGGGGUUCGGGUUCUACCAGGGGAGGUGGAGGAGGAACUCCCUGCCUACCUGCCCUCCUUCUGUCACCUGACCCAGCUGGACCUGACCUCCACAGGCAGGAGGACGGGGACACGGCCGGAGACACGAGGACAGCAGCAGGACACGCCACCACAGGGACAGAGUGGCAGUGAAGAGGUUUUGCCUUUCAACCUGGAUGAGAACUUUGACUACGACAAUGUUGUGCUGUCUAGCAAACAUCUCCUACCACAGUCCAACACUGGUGUAUGACCUCUGUGCAGGGACCACUGUCUGGGAGAGCCUUGUGUCAUACCACAUCAAAUGACCCAACUUACCAUUUAACUGGACUAAUAAACCACUCCUGAAAACA